UUAAAUACAUGUAAUUUUGUUCUUAACAUUAAAUUGAAAUACUGUAGAAUUCCAUUAAUUCCUAUGAAGGACUGUUCCUACUGGGGAGUGCCAAAUAGCCCGACCGGUGGCUUCAAAGCCUCUCAAUGGCCAAUACAUAGUAUUAGCAAUCCAGGGUUUAUAUAUUAUUGUUGGUUGGCACUAGCUCAAGACUGAGGGGUACCAGUGAUGUAACUGACCUUACAUUAUAGAAUUCUUACGAAAGCGCAAUCCAGUUUUCAAGCAAAGUUGUUUCGCAAUAUUAGGUAUGGUCCAAACAAUCACACCGGAAAGCACAUUGGUCGCAUGUAAUUCUCCAAGAUGAAUGCCUUUUUACACUUCCGAAGUUACUGCAAUGUGAGUAUAACCGACUUUAGCUAAAGUAGCCAAAAGCAUGCACCUGCUAUGCAAGCACGUUGUUGUUGAACAUGCACCAGUAGUUAUAGCACUCGAAGAGUGUGUUGUGCAUUCAAUAAUGGCUAAACACUAAGCCUAAAUGUUGCUAUGGAGAUAUUGCAGGACUUAGUGACAAUGAAUAGUGAAAUUGCCCAUAUAACAUUGCUCCAAGAAAACAACACAAUUGCUUAAAACCAUUUAAUUUGCAUUUCGAAAUCAAUGUAAAUACAAUGUAUUUUACAUAUGUCUUUAUAUUCAUGAUAUAAGGCCUGGCCUAUUGCCCUGUAUUAAAGCCUUAGUUUUUUAAAAUGAUUUCAAAUCAAAAACCGCAUAAACCCAAACUAUCCCCAUCAACUUGUGUGGUGGUUUUGUUGUCAUGAGGCUCAGAUGUUAGGGAGGUACUCAGUCUGCCACUAGUUUCCAUUGGAACAGACAAAGGCUCCGAGGGCUGGCGGAGGAUGCCGAGCUGGGGGUGCGGGCACCAUCAGGCCGGAAUAUGUAUAUUUCUAAUGUUUGGCAGAUAGCAUAUAUUAAAUAGCAUAUCGCCAUGCAACAUAGGACUGUUGUGACAUAUUGAUGAAGCCGAGAGUGGUUUGCGAGAGAACGCAGGCGCCACGCGGCGAUUGAUAGAGUAUGUGGGGGUCUGGUUUCGCCUCGUCCCGACCGUGUGUGGUUGAACUCGGGCGGAAUCACAGCCUGCCCUUGGGGAUAUGUGGCUCCGACGAGCCUCACUCUCUAUAUGGCUAUAUCGUCGCAAUCCCUUUACAACAGGACUACGGUGGGACCAUGACGGGAUUGGGGUCGGAUUCCUGGUGGAAGAAAACCAUCUAUAUCACCGGCGGUGCCCUCCUCGCAGCUGCUGCCUACAUAUUACACGAGCUGCUCGCCAUCAGGAAGGAGCAGGAGUUGGACUCUAAAGAUGCCAUCAUCCUCCAUCAGUUCUCCAGGCCAAACACGGGGGUCCCCAGCCUCUCACCUUUCUGCCUCAAGAUGGAGACGUACCUACGCAUGGUGGACCUACCCUACCAGAACUACUUUGAUGGGAAGCUCUCUCCGCAGGGCAAGAUGCCAUGGAUUGAGUAUAACUGGCAGCAGGUGUCGGGGUCAGAGUUCAUCAUUGACUUCCUGGAAGAGAAGCUGGGCGUCAACCUCAACAAGAACCUCAGUCCCCAGGAAAGAGCCGUGUCCCGAGCUGUCACCAAGAUGGUGGAGGAGCACCUCUACUGGACAAUAGCCUAUUGCCAGUGGGUAGACAACCUGGAGGAGACCCAGAAGAUGCUGCCAGUCACUGGUCCUCUCAGUGACAUGCUAAAGUGGAUCCUCGGCCACCUGAACAGCAGCAUGGUGCAAAGGGAGAUGUACGGCCAUGGCAUCGGACGCUUCUCCAAGGAGGAAGUCUACAAGCUGAUGGAGAAGGACAUGCGCACGCUGGCCGAACUGCUCGGAGAUAAGAAGUACUUCAUGGGGCCUAAGAUGUCGACAGUAGAUGCUGCUGUGUUUGGUCACCUGGCCCAGGCUAUGUGGACACUACCCGGCACACGUCCUGAACAGCUCAUCAAAGGCGAGCUCAUCAACCUGGCCAUGUUCUGUGAGCGCAUGCGGAGAAAGUUCUGGCCUGAGUGGUUCGUGGACAUAGAGGACUUGUACUAUGACGGAGCAGACACUGACAGCAGCGAGGGCUCUUCUACAGGCCUGAUGGACUUUGGCCUGUUCUCCCGGACAGACACCAUGGAGGAGAGUGAAGCCUCUGACAAACACACGCACUCACACACUCACUCCCCCGAUACGGACCACUCGCUGUUCGACUCGGACGUGGGCACGGGCUCGGACAAUGGGCCGCAGCUUAAGUGUGACCCUCCUAGUCCUGACCCUCCUAAUCCUGCCCCUUCCAGUCCCAAACCUCCCAACCCUUGACCCAUCCUUACCAAGGCAGGUGGGGUGGGUUUGGCUGAGGCAGUCAGACAGCCGGGAACUUCAAACUAGUCAGGGCGCUGCUAUCUGGCUUGGCAUCAUAGAGCUGCGGAACAGAGAGGCACAGUUCUUGCUUCUCCUGCUGGCCCUCCCUCUCUUCCAGAGAUCUGUGCUCACACAUGGAGGCGCAGUUAUAUUCCAUGAUGACUGAAAACUAUAUCCUAACAAUGUAAUAUCAGUGCACUCCGACAAACCGUGUGUUUGUAUGCAGAGCGUAUAAAUCGAACCCCGUGUUACAUGUGUUACAAUGUGAUUUCCUCACCCCGAGUAAUUGUGACAUUGCCAAUAUGGCACUAUCACAGACAUUGCCUUAUUUGUGUCAGCUGUCCAAGGGUACAGGCUAGUGUAAAACGUCAUGAGAGAGAUUGUUGGUUGAACCAGUGAGUGGAGUGUCUGUCCAUGGAAUACAGACAUCAUGGCUGUUUCUUUAGAAAUGUAGCUAGUGAAAGAGAGACGACGACGAUGAUGGUAGCAGAAACAUGAAAACACUGGAUUUUUAGAGGAAACUGAGGUCAGUCAUUUUGACACAUUGUAAAGAGUGAUAUAUAAAGAGUCUUUGACUUGGCUGCUCUAGUCUGUGUCUUACUAACAGUGGGCUAUUCUACCAGUAGUCCUAUGGUUUGUGGCUUGCUGCUGAGCAUCAGCCAUAAUCACUGGCCUUUCCAUCAACUCUGUGUCUAACUUCACUCUAGCAAAGGAGAUUGGGAUGCGCAAAAGGAACUGGAGAUGGAACAAUCUUGUCGGAGUAGAGCCGACUCUUGUAUCUCACCACUAGAGGGUGCUGUAUCUAUACAUUCAUCCUGCUGUCUAUUUAGCUCUAUGGUCUCGAGUCCUGUCGGUUUCUGCCACUUGGAAUGUUAAAGGCCCAAUGAAGUCAAAACGUGAUAUUCCUGUGUUUUAUAUACAUUUCCACACUAUGAGUUUGGAAUUAUAUUGUGAAAAUUAUGAUAAUGCCCUUUUAGUGUAAGAGCUGUUUGAAAAGGCAGCGCUUUUCAGUCUGUUUUGGUGGGAUGGAGUUUUGGCCUGCCUGGUGACAUCAGACCAAUAAGAAUAGACCAUUAAGAAAUAGAGUUCCAAACCUGUGCCAAUAACAGCUUAGUUUUCAGUUUUCCCCACCCUCACCCAGACCACUCCCAGACAGUCCUAGCUACAUUUUUGCUUGAGAAUUUCCUCUUUGCUAAGAAGCUGUUUUUCUUUCUUUUUGACCAUUUUAACUGAAAACAGUGACAGUAAGGUACUUAAAUAUUACACAGAGGUGAUUUGAUAUUGAGAUAAAAACAGCUGCAUUGUUUAAUGAAAUAAUAACAAUAAUACAAUGCAUUCGUUUUCACUUCAGUAUUAACACCAUACGAAUACAGAAAGUUGCUGAAACAGAAUGGAAAGGCCCGUUUGUAGCAAGUAGUGUUAUCCCUUUACGUGUGUGUGUGUGUGUCUGUGUGUGUGUGUGUGUGUGUGUGUGUGUGUGUGUGUGUGUGUGUGCGUGUGCGUGUGCACGUGCGCAUGUGUGUGUGUGCGUGCGUGUGUGUGUGUGUGUCUGAGAGAAAGAUACCGGAAAGAUGAUAGUGGGUUGUAAUAUGACUACAUUACCAGGUAUGAUAUAAGCCUUGUGCACAGAAGUUAUGAAAAGAGGGGUUGAAUGUGAAUCGUGAAUGCAGAUUGAUUUUUGCUUUCUUUACUCAGUAACUCACAACUUAUUUGAAAACAGUGCCAGCACUUUGUUUUUAUUUGUGAUUAACUUAAGUUUGCGAUGUUUUAUCGUUUGUAUCUUUAUUGCUCUCAAGGAGAGAUUUUUGUUGCAUGUUGUUUAAAAUGGGCAAAACUAAUGCACCCAGGACGCUGGGGAUUGUCGUGAUAAGAUGGUGAGGCCAAAUGAAUGGAAUGAGACAUGUACAUAAAUGACACAGGUCACUGGAUGUCUGUGUGGUAGCUAGGCAUUCAAGUUGAACUAUUGAUAGGUGUAAUCAGGAUGACCUUGAGAGAAGAUCAUGUUUAUUCGCAAAGUUGCAAUGUCAAAGUAAAUAGUUGUUUGCAAAGGCACAUGGACAAAAGACCAAAUAAAAAAGUAAAUUGUCAAUCUGCUAGGAUUAUACUCACCCUACCUCCCAAUGAUGAAACAUAAAAUUGCUAAACAAUGGGGACCAAGACACGGAUCUGUCUAAACCUUUUCUCAACUGUCCUUUAAGUGUCUUUUAAUUAGACUUUUUGUGUCUGUAAUUGAGCAAAUAUCUUUGAGGGUGUUUGAUUGAAUUGCAUUGUGUUAUUGUUGAAAUUAUUUUAUUUUAGAAGUAUGGGCAGACCAGACCUGCAAUGAGAGAACAGCAGAGGAGGCGGCAUCAUAUGGGGCAGAGCUGCCUCCAGAACACGAUUCAUCCCCAAAAACCGUCAACUUGCGUUAUAUUAUGAGAUGCGUUUUUACCAUGCUACAAAUGGAUAACUCAUUAUAUCAGUGCGACUACUUUGUCAAGCUAUAUUAGAACAGUGUAUGUCCUGUUAGUGGAAACAUUACAUUACAGGGAAAUGUACAUAAGUGUGAUAAACUCAUGAAUUCACUGUAACAUACUGACAAACUACCUAUGGAUGUUCAAUUAUGAUAACCCAAAGGUGAGGUGGCUGUAUGACUGAUUACUCUCAAUGAUUUCAUUAAACAAUAGCUGUGACAUUUAA